AAGGGAGAAAUUCAUUCAUUUACUCAUUUAUUUAAAUUUAUUCAUUUAUUAAGCAUUUAGUGUGUGUAUACCUCAUUGACCUAUGGAGUGCCCAUGGAGGACACUUCCGUUAUCAUCUCUAGGACAGAUGAGAAACUGAAAUUUAGACUGUUUCGAAACUUGCCCAGAGUCACACACUCGUGAGAGGCAGAGCUGGGCUCGCAGCUCCAGCCAUUGGUCUCCACAUCUCACCCUUCAGCGUCACUGCCGAUGACUUCCCAGUUUCCCUGACCCUGCCAUGACAAGCUCUGGUUCUAGCUGCUGCUGUCUGGUUGCAUUUCCUGAGGGAGUGUGGGAGAGACCCAGCCUGGCUUGUGCGCUGUCCACCACUCCAUUCUGGAGUGGACCUCCGAGCCUGGACACCCACCUGGACACCUCUCAGCCACUCAAUGUUACCGCGCGCAACGUUACACGUUACUGUGCAGAGUCCUCCAAGUAGCAACAGCAGCUCCCGUCACCUGAUGGGCAUCCGAUGCUCUGUGUCUGUUGUCAUACUUUGUCCUGACAGGACUGUGAGUUUAGACAGCACCUGCCCGGUACAGAUGAGGAGGCCGAGGUGCAGUGAGGGUGCAGUGAGUUGGGGGAGGUGAGGCUUACCCUGGGGUCUGUGGGUCCUGGGAUCAGUACCUCUCACUGCCGCCUGUUACACCUCCACACACCCCAGAGACGUGUCUGAGUCCUUGUGAUGCUAAGCCCUGACCUUCAGGGCCACCGGGACAAUGGUAGCCAAGCAUCAUUCUUAGCCUGUACCCAUCCCUACUGCGCUGGGGGUUAUCUGCAGGGGCAGUGGUCAUGGGAGCGUGUCAGGUCCUGGUGAGGAUAGCUGGGUGGCUGAACACCCGGAGUGGGACUCAUCGGGUCAUAGGAUGGCAGCAGCCUCAGCCACCUCUUUGCCUGGCUUUGGGGCCACUCAGACUGUACCCACAUGCAGAGUUCUUCUCAGCUUAGGUGCUGUGACUUUCGUUCAACGAUUGCUAAGCCCUGGGCAACCUCUGACUCUACCCUCCCCCACACACUGUAGCACUUGAGUUAUUUCUCGGAAAGGAAGUUGUUGACGGCACAAGAGAGGGAAGGGGCGUUUGGGGCAGAAGGAAUGGUAUGUGCAAAGUCUAGGAAGGAGGGAGGGACCACUAGGUAAUCCAGUGGAGCUCAGCUGGUGCCCGGAGAGGGAGCUGGAAGAGGGGCAGGGCCCAGUCCCGGGAUCCUGCGUGGAAGCUGGAGCAGGGUCACACCUGCUGGGGAGGGACAAGGGCUUGCCACCUUGUCUAUGUGGAGUUUAGGAAAUUCCAGGUCCUGCCUUAGCUUCCCUCUGUGAAAUCGGGGUGCACGUUCCUCAGGGCCCAGGCUGGUGAGGGUUAGAGGUGGGUUUUGCAGCCCUGACUCAAGGCUUCAGGGCACUUCCAUCACUCCAGAGGAUGUCCCCAAUGAGAUAAGGUGGCAGUCAUCAGGCUCUAAGGCGGCCACUGUCUUACGCCUAGGAGGGCCCUCUCAUGACUUCAGUGGCCAUAACUGCAUGCCCAGUGCACGUGAUCAGUGACCCCCCUGGCCCCGAGGUGGGCCUGAGCCACCUCCUCCCACAGGCACCAUGGCCAGCAGCAGGGGCCUAUCCCUCCUGCUGCUGCUGCCACAGCUGCUCCUGGGCCCCGUGCUGGCCGUGAGGGCACCUGGGUUUGGCCGAAGUGCCACCCACAGCCUGAGCCCUGAGGAGAACGAAUCUGUGGAGGAGGAGCAGCCUGUGCUAGUCCUGAGUCCUGAGGAGCCAGAGCCGGGCCCAGCCACCAUCGACUGUCCCCGAGAUUGUGCCUGCUCCCAGGAAGGUGUUGUGGACUGCGGUGGCAUUGACCUGCGUGAGUUUCCAGGCGACCUGCCCGAGCACACCAACCAUCUGUCCCUGCAGAACAACCAGCUGGAGAAGAUCUACCCCGAGGAGCUGGCUCGGCUGCAGCGGCUGGAGACACUCAACCUUCAGAACAACCGUCUAACUUCCCGAGGGCUCCCAGAGGAGGCGUUUCAGCAUCUGACUAGCCUCAAUUACCUGUACCUGGCCAACAACAAGCUAACAUUGGCACCCCGAUUCCUGCCAAAUGCCCUGAUCAGUGUGGACUUCGCUGCCAAUUAUCUCACUAAGAUCUAUGGGCUCACCUUUGGCCAAAAGCCAAAUCUGAGGUCUGUGUACCUGCACAACAACAAGCUAGCAGAUGCCGGUCUGCCCGACAACAUGUUCAAUGGCUCCAGCAACGUCGAGAUCCUCAUCCUGUCCAGCAACUUCCUGCGCCACGUGCCCAAACACCUGCCACCUGCCCUGUACAAAUUGCAUCUCAAGAACAACAAGCUAGAGAAGAUCCCCCCUGGGGCCUUCAGUGAGCUAAGCAACCUUCGAGAGCUAUACCUGCAAAACAACUACCUGACCGAUGAAGGCCUGGACAAUGAGACCUUCUGGAAGCUCUCCAGCCUGGAGUACCUGGACCUGUCCAGCAACAACCUGUCCCGGGUCCCCGCUGGCCUUCCCCGCAGUCUGGUCCUGCUGCACCUGGAGAAGAACGUCAUCCAGAGCGUAGACGCUGAUGUGCUGACACCCAUCCGCAGCCUUGAGUAUCUACUGCUGCACAGCAACCAGCUGCGGGCUGAGGGCAUCCACCCGCUGGCGUUCCAGGGCCUCAAGCGGCUGCACACGGUGCACCUCUACAACAACGCGCUGGAGCGCGUGCCCGGCGGCCUGCCCCGCCGGGUUCGCACCCUCAUGAUCCUGCACAACCAGAUCACAGGCAUCGGCCGUGAGGACUUCGCCACCACCUACUUCCUGGAAGAACUCAACCUCAGCUAUAACCGCAUCACCAGCCCGCAGAUGCACCGGGACGCCUUCCGAAAGCUGCGUCUGCUGCGUUCCCUGGACCUGUCCGGCAACCGCCUGCAAACCCUGCCUCCGGGCCUGCCUAGAAAUGUGCACGUGCUGAAGGUCAAGCGCAAUGAGUUGGCUGCCCUGGCGCGCGGGGCACUGGCUGGCAUGGCCCAGCUGCGGGAACUCUACCUCACAGGAAACCGACUGCGUAGCCGGGCCCUGGGACCCCGUGCCUGGGUGGACCUUGCUGGUCUGCAGCUGCUGGACAUCGCCGGGAACCAGCUCACAGAGAUCCCCCAGGGACUGCCCCCAUCGCUCGAGUACCUGUACCUGCAGAAUAACAAGAUCAGCUCUGUUCCUGCCAACGCUUUUGACUCCACUCCCAACCUCAAGGGGAUCUUCCUCAGAUUCAACAAGCUGGCCGUGGGCUCCGUGGUGGAAAGCGCCUUCCGGAGGCUGAAACACCUGCAGGUCUUGGACAUUGAAGGCAACUUUGAGUUUGGUGGCACUUCCAAGGACCGGGGCCACACAGAUGAGGAAGAAGAAGAGGAGGAAGAGGAGGAGGAUGAAGAGGAGGAAACAGGAUCGUAACAAAGUGACACAGAUCUGACCCAGGACGAUGGACCUCCGGACUCCCUUCUGCAGCCCAGGCCUGUGCCCCGUGAGCGCCCCUUCUGACACACCCAGCGCUGAGCCCAAGGGGCAUCCGAAUGCCAGAGGCUGAACACAGUCUCGUGUCCCACCCCUUCCUGUAAUGUGUUACACAAGCAGACACGUGCAGACACCACACCCCCAGCCUGGCCACACAAGAUAGCCAGCUGCAUAUGACCCUCCAAGCUGGCUGUCUGCACAGUCUCACACCAACACACACACUACACACACACACACACACACACACACACACACACACACACACACACCACACCAUACACACACUCUGACCUCUGAACCCACCCUGGCCUGGUACACUCUCUCCACUUCACACACACACACACAGAGUGACCUAUGCCACCCAAAGCUCUUGCUUCUGGUCAGCUCUGGUCAUCACAGUUGGCCGUGUGCCUUGUCCACUGUUCUCUCCCUUGGGGACUCGGGGUUGUCUCCUUCCUCUGUGGCCAGGUGCUUUCUACCCUCUGAGACUCACAAAAGCUGGCUUUUGUCUUUUGCCUUCCCUCUGGGGAUGCGAACCUUCUAACUUCUACCACGGCCUUGCCCCUUCCCCAGGUGCUGAGGCAACCCCACCACAGGGAGCCUCUUUCCGUUGUGCCCUGGCAGGUCACAGGCACUUUCUGAGGACAACCUCAAGAAGGAGGGGGGAGGGGAGGAGGCAGCUAUGCAUGGCGGGGCCGGGGAUGGCUGCGGUUGGUCUUCAGUUCUGAGGGAAGUUCUGGGGUACCUUUGGUUUUGUUUAAGGAGAAAAAAAAUAUAUAUAUAAAGAUUAAAAAUCUCAAAGCUGAUUUUUCCUGUUCCAGAAAAACUAAUAUAAAGCAUUACCCCUGCCCUGGCA